AUGAACGGCUUCGAAAUCGCUGGUCGUCCCAUCCGCGUUGGUCUUGGUAGCGACAAGUUCACCCCCGAAUCGACCGCCAGUUUGUUGCAACGCUUUGGUAGCCAGAAUCAGGCUGCCCAAUUCCAAGGCUCGUCCUUUUCGGGCGCCGGAGGUCGUGGUGCCCAUGCUGGUGGUAACAACAACUUUGAUCGCGCUGGCGCCCGCGAAGAGAAGGGCACUGGAGGUGCCAGUGCUCUUGAUGAUGCCGAUGUUGGAGGCGUGAACUUUAACAACUUCAGCAGAGACUCCCUCAUGCGCAAGUUGGCUCGUACUGAAGACCCUGCUCCACAGACUCAGACCACUUCUUCUCGCCCCCGUGCGGAUGCCAAANAGACUGUCAUGCACACUCCUGCCCCCAGCCGUUCCNAAACCGAUCCUCACUGGGCCAAAGACCUCGAAGAGGACUUCAAGGAAGAGUGCAGCUCUAAAUACGGCAAAGUCGUCCACAUCGGUGUUUUCCGCGAUAGUUCUGACGGCGAAAUCUAUGUCAAGUUUGCCGAUAUUGCCGGAGGCGACAGCGCCCUCAAGGGCCUCAACGGCAGGUACUUCGAUGGCCGCACGCUGACGGCCACGCCAGUUGUUGAUGCCGUUUACAACAUGAACUUCCCCAAGGCCGCCAGUCUCUAA